AUGUUAUAUGGUUUAUCAAGAGUAUCCUUUAGUUUCAAAUCUGUAAAACCUGCUAUUAUAUUAGAAAUAAAAUUUGAGCCACAUGGCACCCCAGUCCCAGGACUUGAUAUACACAUAGCUCAGGUUAUGUCAAUCAAGCCUUCUCGACUAGCCCAGCUCCAGGAAGAGACCAAGGCUGAUCCCACCCUCAAUGAACUCAAAGAGCUCAUCAUAUCAGGAUGGCCUGAAAGCAUGAGUGACCUCCCAGAACACCUUCAUGCAUACUGGUGUUUUCGUGAUGAAAUGACCAUCAUGGAUGGACUCAUCAUGAAGUCCAACCGUGUAAUUGUGCCUGCGUCAAUGAGAAGUAAGACAAUAAAACGUCUUCAUGAAGGUCAUCAAGGCCUCACCACAACCCUUCGACGUGCUCGUACAACAGUGUACUGGCCUAAAAUACAGCAGGACAUAGCUGAUGUCAUCAACAAAUGCAGUGAAUGCCAAAUACACGCUAACAAGAAACCCCGUCCCCCUGAGAGACAACUCUCUGCCACUAGGCCCAUGGAAGUCAUAGCAGUUGACUUGCUCCAACUAAAUGGAAACUACGGCCUUGUAACAGUUGACUACUAUUCAUCAUUCAUCACAUAUGACGCAUUAACAUCAGCCUCUACUGGUAGUGUCAUAACAGCUCUUAAUGGAACAUUCCAGAAAAUGGGAGCAACAGUAGAAAGAAUACUCUCUGAUAAUGGACCCUGUUUCAAAUCAGAAGAAUUCAAUAAAUUCUGCAAGGAACUGGAUAUCAACCAUGACACCUCAAGCCCUUACCACCACCAAGGCAAUGGUAAAGCUGAAAGAGCCAUCCAAACAGUUAAGAAAAUCUUAAAGAAAACAAAAUCAAGCGUCCAAAUCACUCUGGCUCUUCUAGCAUACCAUGAUACCCCAAUUAGUGACAAUCUCCCAAGCCCAUCAGAACUUCAUUUUGACAGGAGAAGUUCUAGAAUCUCACCUGCUCUGCCAUCCCAACAGCUGAUAGAGUCCCAAAAGAAAAUGCUCAGUGACAAACGAUCAUCACAUCUCAGACCACCCAGUGAUGUGAUCGAAGUACAUCCCCAAACAGCCGCUGUCAUCGACCAAAAAGAUGACCAUCCAAACUCCUAUUGGCUGGUUAAUGAAAACAACAGAAGGAUAAGGAGGAAUGUACAUGAUAUAAAAACCCGUCAUGUGCCUAUGCCUCAAAGUGAUCCACCCCAGCCCAUUUGGCCUCCUACACCAUCCAUGGUGAAGCCAAUUAAUCCCCAGCCUGUCAGCAUUCCAUCACCAACCAGACAGAUUCCCAGGACCCCUGAUCCCAAUCCCAACACCAAUGUGAACAUUCCACCAGAUGUACAUGGACCAGUGAGAGUGCAAGAGAAACAGCAACCCAGUGCAAAAACUCCAAACAAGCACUCUAUGACCCCAAAGCAACCUGCACCACAGAAGGUCUCCAGGUCAGGAAGAACCAUCAAAAGCACAAAGAAUCCAGACUUUAAAUAUCAAAAUGCUAACUACAUGUGUCAUGCAAACUUUGAGUGA